UGCAGUAGUCCCACCACAGAGCUUCUCAGAAUAAUACGUUAAUCGGAUUCUAGUUAGUACAUGUACUAAAAGCAAUUAAAACUGCGUCAUGGGGUGCACAGCUCUACCAUGUGUGUUGUUGCUUCUUUCAAGCCACCAAAUCCUGGGGUUUAAGGUCCCCAGCAUUGAUUUUGAAAUGCUGGAUGAACUAGGAUUUGAGGUCUCCAUACCAGAUGAACCUGGCAUUCAGCGAGUGUUCUACAUGCUCCAAAUAGACGACACUUGCCCGGCUUUAAUGGACUAUAUCACGGAGGCCGUAAACGGAACCUGGGUUACCAAACAGAAAACGAGUCUCCAGAACAACGACAAACUGCAGAUCUCAUUGCUGGUGCAAUACAACGAGGAGAUCUUUGAAAAGAGUGAGACUAUUGUGAUCAUCAACAAGCGGGUUCUGACCACCAGGGAUGCCCAAUCGCGAGCCAUCACCUUUGCCUCGGGAGAGGGUGAGUGCCAGGCCUUGAUACAAACAAAACAGCAAGCAAAGCGCUGCAAGCCCGCCCAAACAAUCGUCAGUCAUGGUCGCCGCACCUGCCAGGGUGAGCUCAUCUUCGAGGACAACUUUUCGGAGGCUCAGCUGAACAGGUCCACCUGGAAGCAUGAUAUUCGGCAGCGCAUGUACCAUGUGGAAGAGGAGCUGGUGGCCUUUGACGACGCUGCUCGGAACUCCUUUGUGAAGGAAGGCGAACUCCACAUCGUUCCCAUCGUGGCCAGUGAGGUAUCCGAUGGCAGUUUCAAGCUCGGAGACCGCUGCACGGCCAUCGAAAGUCCGGAUCAGGAGUGCAAUAUUGCCCAAGGCAGUUUCUACAGCAUUAAGCCCCCAGUCUUCUCUGCUCAAAUUCACACCCGAAAUUCAUUCAGUUUUAAGUUCGGCAAGAUCGUGGUGAGAGCUAAGUUGCCCAAGGGAGAUUGGCUUUUUCCCUACUUGAUGCUUCAACCGGUUUCCACUUACGCGGAGACUCACUAUGCCAAACAAUUGCGAAUUGCUUACGCCCGGGGUAACGCAAAUUUGCGCACCAAACAAGGAGAUGAUAUCUCAGGUAACCAUCUUUAUGGUGGUAGUGUGGUUUGGCAUCAUGGUAACCCCGUUCAGUUCCUAAAAGAUCGGCUGAGCACGACCCACUAUGGCGAUGAUUUCCACAACUAUACCAUGAUCUGGCAAAGGGACAAGAUAACGUUGAUGGUAGAUGAGGAAGUCUACGGAGAGCUGUACGAUGGAUUGCCAUUCUUCAACGAGAAGUGCUUUAUCAUUUUCGGAGUAACAGUAGGAGGGUUCCUCAAUUUUGAUGACAGUGUAUUAGCCAAGGAUGUGAAGCCCUAUAAGAACAGAGAACCGCGGGCUGCACUCUCUUUUUGGCAACAUCGCGAUGCUUGGGCCCCCACUUGGGGCAGGCAAAGCGCCAUGAUCAUUGACUAUGUGCGGGUCUAUGCGGAAUAACUUUUUAUUUUUCACAAAGAAAUAUUAUCAGUUGCUGUGUUUUACAAAAUAAAUGAGAAAAGUUCAAUCAAGUGACCAUAAA